AAGUUAGUUUAAAUGCUCAUUUUAAAAGGGAUAAAACCGUUUACAUCGUCUGCUGUUAAUUUACUCAUCAUGAGUUGACAUCGUGAGAGUUACUUCACUUUAUUUUAGUUUAUUAGUAGAAAUUUAAAUCAACAUUUGAUAUAUUUAUUUGCUCAAUAUAUAAAAUAUUUUAUAAAAUAUGAAGAAAAAAGGCUUACAGUUACUAUUUGCAAUUUUGCUCCCUUAUGCUUUAAAUGCUACAUUUCCACUGGCUAUUCUUCAUCUUGAAGGGCAGUUUGGUUCUGCUGAUGUCUGUGCAAUAUAUAAUCCGGAAUUUUCUGCUAUACCAAUGGAGUUGUCAAGUACUCCUAAGUAUAAGGUGUUUGUUCCAUAUCCACCUCAUGGAUGUUCAGAAUACAUUGAUGUAACAAGGUCAUGGAAUGCAUCUUCAUUUGUAACAUCAGAUGGAAACUGUUCUCAGUUUGAAAAAUUUCAAUGGGCUUCUUAUGCUCAUGCUAGACAAGUUAUUAUUGUAAGAUCUAAUGACUCAACAGAGGAGUUUGAAACUGGUACCCAUUAUCAACAUAAUCAAGUUCAUCUAUCGGUUGGUAUGAUAUCUUACAAUGCAUGGAACAAGGUUCAGAAACUUGGUGAACCAAUUUAUUCGCAACUUUAUCAUCCUCAUGAGCCUUUGUUUGACCCAAAUAUUGUUAUCAUAUGGUUCAUUGCAGUUUUUACUGUGUGUGCUGGGGCAUAUUGGAGUGGGAUUGCUUUUCAACAGAGCGGUUCUAAAGUGAUAGAACAGAAUCUCUUUGAUUUGGAUUGGACAGAUGAUAAGAAAAAUAACAGUUUAAAAGAAAAUAAACAACCCACUGAAAAUGAUGAUGACUUUCAAAUCACCACAGUUAUGGUUGUUGUUUUUGUGGCAAUGAUAUGCACUGUACUCUUGCUUCUCUAUUUUUUUUAUAAGUACCUUAUCUAUGUAGUCAUUGGAUUGUUUUCAUUGGCAACAGUGUCUGGAACUUAUCAAUGUUUAUCUAAAAUAAUGUCUUUUAUAGAAUGUGGACAAUGCAGAGUUCCAGAAAAUAAAAUUCCAUUUUUGAAGAACCAGCCUGAAGUACGAAAUGUAUUACUACUUAUUGGGUGUAUAUUCCUUUCUUUAUAUUGGUUUAUUAUUAGAAAUAGCAGUUAUGCAUGGAUUCUACAAGAUUUUCUUGGAAUUUGUUUUUGCAUCUCAUUAAUAAAGAUGAUUAAAUUACCAAACCUGAAGAUUAGUACUAUUCUUUUGAUAGCUUUGUUAGUUUAUGAUAUUUUCUUUGUGUUCAUAACACCACUGUUCUCUGCUCGUGGAAAAAGUGUUAUGGUGGAGGUUGCGACAGGUAAUGGAAAUAAAGAACAAUUACCAAUGGUUAUCAAAGUUCCAAAGAUGCACAAAUCGCCAAUAUCUCUUUGUGAACGUCCUUACUCUUUAUUGGGGUUUGGAGAUAUUCUACUUCCAGGAAUAUUUGUUGCUUUUUGUCAUAACUUUGAUGUAUUGGCAAAAACAAGAUAUAAAGUGUAUUUUCUUGCAACAGCUAUAGCAUACGGAUUAGGAUUGGUAAUCACAUUUAUUGCUCUAAUUUUAAUGGAAAUUGGUCAACCAGCUCUUCUAUAUCUUGCACCUAGUGUUUUGAUUGCGGCAACCAUAGUUGGAGUUUCAAGAAAAGAAAUGCGAGCACUGUGGAUAGGCAAAGUGGAGACUCAAAGUCCGGAUUCUAAUGUUGAAAAUUUUGAUGAGCAGCGUUUACUUCUCGACAAUCCUUAGGUCUGGACAAUACUUAGGUUAAUAAAAGUAAUAGAAUAAUUUUAAUAUUUUUUUCAAAUGUAUUUCAUUUUUGAAAAGUUUGUUUCAAUAUGAAUUACUCAAAAAAAUGGACUUGUUAGUAAGUUAAAGUUGUUGGUAAAUCGUUAUCAAAUCGUUAUCAAAUCGUUUUUUGAUCAAGAACUUUUUAUAUUUGUUCCUUUAUUGAGAAUUCAUUUUCGUCUAUAAUUCGUAUUUAUUUUAAAACUUUAAGACUGAUAUUUAUCAUAUUUGUAGAUAUUUUACUCUAAACAAUUUUUUUACGCAUAAAGUUAUAAAACACAUCAUAUAUUAUUAUUAUUAUUGGAAAAUAGCAAGCGAUAUUUUAUUUUUG